AGGAGGACCUGGCCUUUCGGUUACAGAUCCUUUUAUUGCGUUUUGAAGGACGGAUGGGAUGCACAAAAUCGGAUACGCUGUCCCUAGGUCUCUCUCCUUUCUCUUCCGAAAUCUUCUAUGGAAACAUCAUUCCACCUAGUUCCAGUGGCGCAUCCGCGAUUAACGCUUCUAUUCAAGCCCUCUAAUUAGAUCAGACUCUCUCCCUUGUUCCAGUGGCGCAUCCGCCAUUAACGCUUCUAUUCAAGCCCUCUAAUUAGAUUAGACUCUCUCCCUUGCUAUUUGUUCCUGCCUCUCUCUCUUCGUCUCAUUCUCUAUAUCUGCGCGCUACUCCUGCUCUGUGUUUUUGCCCUUUUUUAGAAGAUUAAGUAGAAUCAGAGAGGGAAAAAGUGCAUUGGAUGAUGGAGAAGUAUCUGAAGGACAACUUCGAAUUGCAGCCGAAGAACUCAUCAGAGGAAGCUCUGAGGAGAUGGCGCAAAGCAGUUUCAGUGGUCAAGAAUCCGAGGAGGAGGUUCAGGAUGGUUGCAGAUCUUGCCAAAAGGGCUGAAAACGAAGCCAAAAAACGCAAGAUCCAGGAAAAGAUACGGAUUGCUCUUUACGUCCAAAAGGCUGCCCUGCAAUUCAUCGAAGCUGUUAGUGGAGGUGGUGAUGAAGAUUACGCUCUCUCUGAAGAGGCUCGGAGAGCUGGUUUUGGCAUUGAUGCAAAAGAGUUGUCAUCAAUCGUACGAGGCCAUGACCACAACAGGCUGAAAUCCAAUGGUGGGGUUGAAGGCAUAGCAAGAAAGGUCUCUUCCUCCCUCAAUGAUGGUCUCAACCCACGAAGCAUAGAGCUCAGGCAAAAUGUGUAUGGUGUCAAUCGCUAUGUUGAGAAGCCCUCCAGGAGUUUCUUGACAUUUGUAUGGGAAGCUUUACACGAUAUGACUCUCAUUAUCCUCAUGGUAUGUGCAGUGGUAUCGAUUGCAGUUGGUGUAAGCACUGAGGGGUUUCCAAAGGGUACAUAUGAUGGAUUAGGAAUCAUUCUGAGUGUGUUCUUGGUUGUGAUUGUUACUGCAAUAAGUGACUAUAGGCAAUCUCUACAAUUCAAGGAUUUGGAUAAGGAGAAGAAGAAGAUAUUUGUGCAGGUUACGAGGGAUGGGUGCAGGCAAACGAUAUCAAUCUUUGAUGUGGUUGUAGGAGAUAUUGUUCAUCUAUCUAUCGGUGAUCAGGUGGCUGCAGAUGGGCUCUUUAUAUCAGGCUACAGUCUCCUUAUAGAUGAGUCGAGCUUGUCUGGGGAGAGUGAACCAGUGAAUGUAGAUCAAGGGAGGCCAUUCCUUUUAGCUGGAAGCAAAGUGCAGGAUGGGUCUGGUAAGAUGUUGGUGACUUCAGUUGGAAUGAGGACAGAGUGGGGUAGGUUAAUGGAGACUCUGAGUGAGGGAGGAGAAGAUGAGACACCGUUGCAGGUAAAGCUCAAUGGGGUUGCCACAAUCAUUGGGAAAAUUGGAUUAACAUUCGCGGUUCUUACAUUUCUGGUUCUAAUAAUCAGAUUCUCAGUCGAGAAGGCGAUCAAUGGUGAUUUUUCAAACUGGUCUUCAAGUGAUGCACUGAAGAUAUUAGAUUAUUUUGCUAUCUCAGUGACCAUAAUCGUGGUCGCGGUUCCUGAAGGACUACCUUUGGCCGUGACUCUGAGUCUGGCUUUUGCCAUGAAGAAAUUAAUGAAUGAUAAGGCGCUUGUGAGGCAUCUAGCUGCAUGUGAGACAAUGGGAUCUGCAACAUGUAUUUGCACUGAUAAAACAGGGACAUUAACGACUAACCAUAUGGUUUUAACUAAGCUGUGGAUAUGUGAUCAAGUCAAGGAUUUUAAGGUUGGAGAAAGAGGUGAGGAAUUGAAGUCAGUUAUCUCUGAGAGAGUGUUGAGCACCCUUUUGCAAUCGAUAUUUCAAAACACAGGUGCAGAGGUGGUGAGAAGCACAGAAGGAAGGAAUACAGUCUUCGGUACCCCUACAGAGACGGCAAUACUGGAAUUUGGAUUACUAGUGGGGGGUGACUUUGCAAGCCAACGUGCACAAUCAACAUUGGUAAAGGUUGAGCCUUUCAAUUCUGUUAAGAAGAAAAUGUCAGUAGUUGUGGCUCUUCCUGGAGGAGGAUUCCGUGCCUUUUGUAAAGGCGCUUCAGAGAUUGUUUUGCAAAUGUGUAACAUGAUUGUAGAUAGAGAAGGUCAGGUUGUCUGUAUGGAUGAGAUGUAUAGGCAUCAUGUUAUGGAUAUCAUAAACAGUUUUGCUGGUGAAGCUCUUAGAACUCUUUGCCUUGCUUAUAAGGACAUGGAUGAGAGUUUUGAUGGGGAUGUUAUUCCUAUGGAUGAUUAUACAUUAGUGGCUAUUGUUGGCAUCAAAGAUCCAGUUCGCCUUGGUGUUAAGGAUGCUGUUCAAACAUGUAGAAAUGCUGGUAUUACAGUGCGAAUGGUUACAGGUGACAAUAUAAAUACAGCCAAAGCAAUUGCUAGAGAAUGUGGCAUAUUGACAGAUGAUGGUAUAGCCAUUGAAGGGCCAGAGUUCCAAAAGAAAACGCAGGAGGAAAUGGAGGAGUUGAUUCCAAAAAUUCAGGUGAUGGCCAGAUCCUUGCCUUUGGACAAACAUAAAUUGGUGACAAACUUGAGGAAUAUUUUCCAUGAAGUUGUAGCUGUGACUGGUGAUGGGACCAAUGAUGCACCUGCUCUGCAUGAGGCAGACAUUGGACUUGCAAUGGGUAUAGCAGGAACUGAGGUUGCAAAAGAAAAUGCUGAUGUCAUCAUACUAGAUGACAACUUUUCCACCAUUGUAAAUGUUACAAAAUGGGGGCGCGCAGUGUACAUAAAUAUUCAGAAGUUUGUGCAGUUCCAGUUAACAGUGAAUGUGGUUGCUCUCAUCAUCAAUUUUUUUUCAGCAUGCAUUACAGGUAGUGCUCCUCUUACUGCUGUUCAGUUGUUGUGGGUCAACAUGAUAAUGGACACUCUUGGUGCUUUAGCAUUGGCUACAGAGCCUCCAGAUGAUGAAAUGAUGAAAAGACCACCAGUUGGGAGGAAUGUUAGCUUCAUCAGUAGGUCCAUGUGGAGGAAUAUUAUUGGACAAAGUGUUUAUCAGCUUGUGGUACUCGGAGUACUCGAGUUCUAUGGAAAGAAGCUCCUCGGACUAAGUGGUUCAAAUGCAGAUUCUGUGCUGAAUACAUUCAUUUUCAAUACUUUUGUUUUCUGCCAGGUCUUCAAUGAACUAAACAGCAGAGAGAUAGAGAAGAUAAACAUAUUCAAAGGCUUGCUGAGCAGCUGGAUGUUCGUUGCUGUUAUGUCAAUCACAAUUGUGUUUCAGGUGAUCAUUAUCGAGUUUCUGGGAACUUUUGCAAGCACUGUUCCAUUGAGCUGGAAAUUAUGGUUAGCAAGUAUUGUGAUUGGAUUUGUGAGCAUGUUUGUUGCAAUCAUCAUAAAAUGCAUUCCUGUUGAGUCCAUUAAGAAGCCUGAAGAAAACCAUGGAUACAAGCGUCUUCUAGAUGGUCCAGAGCUGGUCUGAGGGAAGAACCGGAAUCCAUUUAGUUUAUGAUAAUGGUAUAUGGUACUCAAAGGCUAUAUCCGUCUGUUCAAUUAAAUGUACACAACUCAAGUUAAUCUCCGACCAUCCAUUUGUAGGUAUGGAUGGUGGGUGAGUAUUUUUUUUGGUGGGUGAUUAGGGAGAGGGCCCCUACCCUUGGUAGGAAUUGAGCCUAGGACGAAGCGCUGCACAUCGUCAAUUGCCGACCAAUUAAGCGAUCGUUUCCUAUAUAACGUAGUUCCAUUUCUUAACCCAUAAUGCCAUUUUCGCAUCCUUCAGCAUUGAAACAGUUUUUUGUGGGAUGGCGAGUAUCACUUAAGGGAUAAAAAUUUUUAAGCUUCAACUCAAAAUUGUACAUUGGACAUGUUUUACUUGGAAAGAGUCAUGGAGUCUUGGUUUUGGGAAUGAUAAUCGCUAUUCCUUUUUGGUUCAGAUUAUGAGAAAUAUGAGAAAUGCUGAGAUGUGCUUCAGCUGUAAAACUUGAAAUAUCUAUUCAUUUUUGUGAGUUUUGUUUGG